UGAAAAGAAGUUAGGGCAAUCUAUCACGGUAAAUUUAAACAAACGCUGAAAACAAUUCAAAAUUGCCACAUUGAUACAAUAAAAAAAGUAUCGUAACAAUUCUCGGAGAAGAGCAUUGCGAUUGCAGUAAAGUCUGCGAGGUGCCUUCUACUUGGCCAGCACAAUUUAUCAGUUUCUACUGCACUUUCCAUUUGCUAAGCAAUGCAAUGAACACGCAUGAUGUCGUUGUUACGAGGUCUCGUCGUUUUGCAAUUUUUUGUGCCGGCCAGCUAUGUCGUCGUUGCGUUUCACAAAGGGAAUGGUAAUCCAGACGUCGAGCUUACAGCACCCGCAUUGAUACGAAAGUACGGUUACCCGGUGGAAGCGCAUAACGUGAUCACAGAGGACGGCUAUAUUUUAGAAAUUCAUCGGAUUCCGCAUGGACGAAAUAAUAAGGCGAUCUUGGGGAAACCACCGAUUUUGCUACAGCAUGGUUUGACCGGAAGUUCCGCCGAUUGGAUCCUCAAAGGACCAAGUAAUUCGUUAGCGUACAUAUUGGCCGACGCGGGUUACGAUGUGUGGCUAGGGAACAACAGAGGCAACAUCUACUCGAAAAACCACACGUCGAUUUCAUUGACGGAUCGGCGUUUCUGGGAUUUUAGUUACCAUGAGCUUGGCGACCGUGAUCUUCCCGCAACGAUCGAUUACAUACUCGACCAAACAAGGUAUGAAAGGCUCUCUUACAUUGGCCACUCGCAGGGAACGACACAAUUUUGGGUGAUGAUGUCGAAAAGGCCCAAUUACAAUGGGAAAAUAGCUUUAAUGAUUGGCCUUGCUCCUGUUGCUUUUACCGGGAAUAUGCGCGGUCCGAUUACAAAACUGGCUAAAUUAACAUACAUGGGCGUGAGAAUUGGUGAAAAGUUCGGUUAUCCAGAAAUUCGUGCCCGUUCUGGUUGGGGAAAACUUGUGACGAAUUUGUUCUGUAAAAAUCAAACCCAACCACUUUUUUGCAACAAUUUUCUCUUUUUGAUCACUGGUUUUGACCAGUCGGAAUUAAGUGGGGGCAAUCGGUCGGUGAUUCUUGGUCACAUACCGGCAGGAGCUUCUUGGAAACAAGCGGUUCAUUUCGGUCAAGGAUUUACACACAAGGACCACUUCAGAGAGUAUGACUACGAUAAUGAAGAAAAGAAUUUUCGGUUGUACAAUUCUUUGGAACCACCAGAAUACGAUUUGAACAAAGUGACUGCACCAGUUGCACUUUUUAGUAGCAAUGACGAUUUACUGGCGACACCAGAGGACGUUAAUCUGCUGAAAAAGAAACUUGCUAACGUGGUAUUUCAUGAUGAAUUAUCCAAUGAAAAGUUUAGUCAUUACGACUUUAUAUGGGGAAAAUAUUGUGUGACAUUGAUAUUUGAACCUAUAUUAAAAUUAUUAGCGGCCGGCAAGUGAAACGGUAUUUGAAGAGAGUAAAAUGAAUUUAAUAUAAGUUAUUCGUGAUGGAAAUAAAUGAAGAGAUAAACCAAAAUUUAUUUGUUAAAUAAUUAUACACG